UUACCCAUCAUGCACGCGAGCGCGCCGCCGGCCGUGCGGGCGCGGGAGCGAGCGCGAGCGUGUGCGCGCCGGGGAAGCCCGAUCUGAAAGCGGUCGUUGCGGUGACCGAGCAGAGCUCCCGAUGAACACCAUCAGACAAGUGCCGGCCAAGGUGCUGCACCGCCGCUCGGUGCACAGUUUGGAAGCGGAGCGGGAGCAGUUCGACAGGCAGCAGGCUGCCAGUAUCAGUAAAGCUAUAAACAGCCAGGAGGUACCUGUCAAAGAAAAGCAUGCACGCAGAAUUAUAUUGGGAACACACCAUGAGAAGGGAGCAUUUACCUUCUGGUCCUAUGCCAUUGGUCUUCCAUUAUCUAGCAGUUCCAUCAUGAGCUGGAAGUUCUGCCAUGUUCUACACAAAGUUUUGAGAGAUGGACAUCCAAAUGUUCUUCAGGACUUCACCAGGCAUAAAAGUAACAUCUGUGAAAUGGGAAAUUUAUGGGGCCAUAUGCAUGAUCGGUAUGGACAGCUGGCCAGUGUCUACGUCAAACUGCUCAGCACCAAGAUUGAUUUUCAUAAAAAGCAUUCCGAGUUUCCACCAAAUCUGGAAGUGACUGAUGAAGCUCUGGAUAAAGCUUCUGGCACGGAUGUAAAUAACAUCUUCCAGCUCACGGUGGAAAUGUUUGACUAUAUGGACUGUGAACUGAAGGUUGCUGAAUCUGUAUUCAGGUCACUGGAUACCUCGUAUGCAGUAUCACAGACACCAUCUGGUCAGUGUCGACUGGCUCCUCUCAUUCAGGUGAUCCAAGACUGUAGCCACCUGUAUCACUACACCGUGAAGUUAAUGUUCAAGCUCCAUUCAUGUCUUCCAGCAGACACUUUGCAAGGACAUAGGGAUCGAUUCUAUGACGAAUUUCACAGCUUAAAAAGUUUCUUUAGCCGAUCACGUGACAUGUUAUAUUUCAAGCGUCUCAUCCAGAUCCCAAAAUUGCCCGAGAGUCCUCCAAACUUUUUGAGAGCCUCAGCCCUGGCAGAGCAUGUGAAACCGGUAGUGAUUAUUCCUGAUGAAGCCCCAGCGGAUGACAUUGAGGAAUCUGAAAGCCUUGUAGAGGUUACUGCAGCUCCUGUGGUUGAAUCCCAGAAUUUGGUGGAUGUGGAUAUUUUCGAUGCUACUUUUGGUCCUCCGACUAAUAAUGGCUUUCUGACCGAUGAUCGAGACCUUCAAAUUGACAACCUGAAGAAAGAGGUGGAACUGCUGAAAGCAGAGCUCGAGAAAGUAAAGGCAGAGGCGCAGAUGUACAUUGCGCAGUUGAAAGCCCAGAUUAACGUGCUGGAGACAGAACUGGAGGAAACACGCAAGCUCAAGCAGAAGGCAUUGGUCGACAACGAAGAGCUGCGCGAUGAGCUGGAAAAGCUACGGAAGCAGAAGGGUGAUACGGACAAAGUGCAGUUUUUGCUAGUUGAGGCAGAGAAGAAAGUGCAGGCGAAUGAGCAGCGCUACAAUAAGCUGAAGGAAAAGCACAGCGAUCUUGUCAACACUCACGCAGAGCUCCUCAGGAAGAGUGCUGAGACAUCGAAGCAGUUGACAGUUACACAGCAAACUCAAGAGGAAGUGACCCGUACGAAACAAGAGCUUGAAUUUGCCAUAGAGGAAGCCAAAAGGGAAGCGGAGAUGAAGCUGGAGGAGCAGAGCUUUACAAUGGAGCAAUUGAAAAGGGAACUGGAGGCAAGCAAGGAAGAGCUGGUGACCGUCCAGGGCUCAUUGCGCAUCACCGAGCAGGCAGGCUCUGAGUUGAACACAAGACUGCAAGGCCUUGAGGCAGAGAAGGACAGCCUGAGGAAGACCGUGGCUGAGAAGGAGGCUGAAGCGUACUCGCUGAAGAACGCGAUUCAGGAGAAGGAGACGGCCAUGCGCACUGAGAAGGACAAAGCCUCGCGGGAGCUGGAGGAACUCCAGGGAAAGUUUAUGGAGAAGACAAACCGAGAGCAGCAGCUUCAGCAGAAACUUCUGGACGAGCAGUUCCACAUGGUCCAGGGCACUGUGAGGGAAGCUGAGAGCAUCAUUCAAGACGCUAUUGCAAAACUCGAUGAUCCGCUGCACAUCCGAUGCACCAGUUCACCAGAUUACCUUAUCAACAGGGCAGAGGCAGCACUGGAGUCAGUGAACUUGAUGCAGCAAGGACACUCCCGGUACACAAAGAACAUGGCAGAUGCUAGCAGCCUCUUGCAGGCAUUGACCAGGUUUGCACAUUUGACUGCGGACACCAUAGUAAAUGGCGGCGCCACCUCACAUCUGGCACCAACUGACCAUGCUGACAGACUAACAGACAGCUGCAGAGAGUGUGGGAAGGAGAGCCUAUGCUAUUUGGGUCACUUGAAGGAUAAGCAGACAGUUGCGCAUGCAGACCCUGUAGCUGUUCGGAGAGUGAUUCAGAAAAUCCUUGACCUUGGGCAGGAACUGAGGCCCAAGAGCAUUGACAUCAGACAGGAAGAGCUUGGUGACAUGGUGGAUAAAGAGAUGGCAGCAACAUCAGCAGCCAUUGAUGAUGCAGUAAAGAGAAUUGAGGAAAUGAUGAAGCAAGCCAGACAAGGAAGCUCUGGGAUUAAACUUGAAGUUAAUGAAAGAAUUCUAAACUCUUGCACCAGUCUCAUGAAGGCAAUAAGGCAAUUGGUGGUGGCCUCCACAAGCCUGCAGAAGGAGAUUGUGGAAAGUGGCAGGGGGGCAGCAACUCCAAAAGAAUUCUAUGCAAAGAACUCUCGCUGGACAGAGGGCCUAAUCUCUGCCUCCAAAGCUGUUGGAUGGGGUGCCACACAGUUGGUAGAUUCAGCUGACAAAGUUGUGCUCAAGACCGGGAAGUACGAGGAGUUGAUUGUUUGCUCGCACGAAGUCGCAGCCAGCACAGCGCAGCUUGUAGCUGCAUCAAAGGUGAAAGCAGGCCGGAACAGCAGGAACCUGUCCCAAUUGCAACAAGCCUCCAGGCACGUAAAUGAGAUGGCUGCUAAUGUGGUUGCAUCAACAAAAUCUGGACAGGAACAGAUUGAAGAUAAAGAUACUAUGGAUUUUUCUGGAAUGUCAAGGAUUAAACUUAAAAAGCAGGAGAUUGAAACACAGGUGAAAGUUUUGGAGCUGGAAAACAAACUGGAGCAGGAGAGGAUGAAGCUUGGAGAUCUCCGGAAGAAACAUUAUGAGCUGGGAGGAAUGCACGAUGAACUAUUAGAAGACGAGAAGCUACCUCCGAAACCUGAAAUUUCAAAGAAACCGCCAGUGUCCCAAAAACCAACCAUCCCGCCCAAGAAAGAUCCCCAGUUAAAAGUAUCUGAACCAAACUACAUUUCUCAUUUACGGAACUCUCAAUAAACGUGGUGGCUGCAGUAUGCUGGACCAGAGAACAAGUCGCUCUGCAUUCUUUACAAGUCAAGCCCAUCAGAUGGCAGUGCUACAUUCCAUAAACUUGCUCAUUUCACUCUUUCAAUGUGCCCCCUAUGAAUUAAUGAAAAGCAGAACUGUAGGAGCUAAGUUCAUACAUUAAUAUGCAUGUUUUGAAAUUGGUCAAGCAAGAUGAAAUGGGGGGGGGAGGGGGGAUCCAUGGUUGAAAUAACCAUUCAUUUUAACCUUUUGCAAUCAGUCCUUCAAGAAUCAGACUUUUUUGUUAGAAAGAUUAAUUAGGUGCACUGUACAUUUGCUACUGGGCUAGAAUAUUUGUUUAGUUGCUGGCAAGCACUGGCAACCUUAAGUAAAGAUUCAGUAGCUUCAAAAGCUUUGUACAUAAUUUUAACUCAAUUUCUGGGAAAUCUAAAGUAUUUUAUAUGUACAUGGAAAUUUUAACAGGUGUGGUGUAUUUAUUAGCAAUAGAAAAUUUUGCCUAUGAACAUUGUCUUCAGCUGUAUUGAAUUUUGAGAACUGAAUUUUAAUGUAAAAUUUGAAAUAAACUGAGUACAUGUAUUGUUUUUGUACAUCAGAUGUAAACAAAGAUUCAAAAAGUCAAAGAAAUCUUGUGUCCAUAAGAAUGUAUUACUGUUACAUACAUUUAAGAUUUAUAUUGGUUUUUAAACUUCGAUAACUAACUUAUGCCUCCCACCCUCCCUCCUGUCUGUGAAGUAAAUUAAGUAUAGGCCAAUUUAUAGAGCAGGUAAAUAAAUCAGUCCAACUCUC